AUGGUGGGAAGCGUGACUGCAAGUUUUUCUGACUUGGUGGCCGUGGGUAUCAAAGUGGAUCUUGGCUUAAAAAAUGGCAAGAUGAUUAUUUCAGCUAGUAAUUGUAACAAUAACAACAAUACCAAGAAAUUCUCUAGCAGUUUCCUUAAGAAAAAGGAAGGAGAAACAAAUGCAGUGAUGGUUACUACACCAACUUUCAAUCAACAAGUCCUAGUGUAUCAGUUGACCCAAGCAGUUCCGAUCUUUCAAACAACACCCAACGUUCCAACUUAUCAACAAGCGCCCAACACUCCAGCUUAUCAACAAAGGACUUCAGCUCCACGCCUAAAUGCUCCAUUUCAAAAUAGAAUACAACGUGGAAAACCUCGGAUUCCUCAGAUUCCUAUGUCUUACACUGAAUUAUAUCCGUCAUUGUUGAAGAAAGGAUUAGUUGUUCCAAGACCUUUGGGACCUCCACCAGAUCCUCUCCCACCAUAUUACAAUCCCAAUUCACAUUGUCUGUUCCAUGAAGGUGCCCCAGGGAAUGAUUUGGAAGGCUGGUAUGCCUUGAAACAUAUUCUGAGGGAAUUGAUUGAGAAAAAGAUUCUUUCAUUUGGGGAUACCAGUCCAAAUGUCAAAAACAAUCCUUUGCUCGCUCAUGGGUCUAUAAAUGAUAUUGAUGAUGAGCCUGAUGAAAGUCUAAUUCUUGAUGCAACCAAAAUCAAGACUCCACUCAGAGAUUUUCAUGCAAAGUUAGUGGAGGCAGGUUUAUUGAAAAAUUGCCAUAAGAGUUGUGAAGAAUGUACUAUUGGUCAUAAAGGGUGUGAAAUGGUCCAAAAGGAUAUUCAAGAAUUGAUUAACCAAGGUGUGUUGCAAGUAAGCAGUCGUAUGAAAAAGAAUGAGGUAGCAGUGAUUGAACCCAUCUUCAAUCUACCUGAGUUAAGUACUACAACACCAAUCUUCAACAUUCCAGAGCCAAUAUUCAACAUUCUAGAUUCUACUUUUGCUCAGCCAAUUUUCAACAUUCCAGAAUCAGUUGAACCAAUCUUCAACAUGCCUAAUCCAGUGGUUGUCCAAAGGCCUAGCUCUUUUCCUUUUGGGAAUACUAAAGCAGUUCCUUGGAAGUAUGAUACAUCUGUGGUUAACCAAAGGUCUGAGAAAGUAGGUCAAAAAGAGGUCUAA